AUGCAGUUUGGUACUUGGAGGCAGGUCGAGCCUGGAUUCGGAGCUGGGUUUGGAGCCAACCAGUCGACAGGAGGAGGGUUCGGCUCCUCCGCGGCCGGAUCCACGUUUGGAGCAGCAAAGCCAACUUCUUCCUUUGGCUUUGGAGCAUCGACAGGGGGAGGGUUCGGGGCGUCAACAGGAGGAGGGUUCGGGGCGUCGACAGGAGGAGGGUUCGGGGCGUCAACAGGAGGAGGUUUCGGGGCGUCAACAGGAGGAGGGUUCGGGGCGUCGACAGGAGGAGGGUUCGGGGCGUCGACAGGGGGAGGGUUCGGGGCGUCGACAGGGGGAGGGUUCGGGGCGUCGACAGGGGGAGGUUUCGGGGCGUCGACAGGGGGAGGGUUCGGGGCGUCGACAGGGGGAGGUUUCGGGGCGUCGACAGGGGGAGGGUUCGGGGCGUCGACAGGAGGAGGUUUCGGGGCGUCGACAGGAGGAGGUUUCGGGGCGUCGACAGGAGGAGGUUUCGGGGCGUCGACAGGGGGAGGGUUCGGGGCGUCGACAGGAGGAGGUUUCGGGGCGUCGACAGGAGGAGGUUUCGGGGCGUCGACAGGAGGAGGGUUCGGAGCAUCCACAGGUGGAACUAAUGCAUCAGCUGCGUGGAGUGUCCCACAACAGGCCGUGGCGCAGCAUCAUGCUGGAGAUCUUGCAUUCCUGGUGCAACCGAUUGAAGGGAUGGGCAAUUUCCUUGGGAGCCACAUCAUCAAUGAGCGUGAAAGAAACGAGGCUGGUCAAGAUGUUGGUCAGAAAGUUCUUAGUGAAGAAGCAGCAGAAGUGUAUCAGGCUUUGAACGUUCAGUUCAUAUCAUGGAACCCAUGGGACCCAGCAGUCUUGACCAUGAAUGGUAAAAUGGCUAGGGAGGGACGCUUUCGUCCGUAUGACAACCUUGUAAAUGAGCUCAAGAAUCCCAAUCUCGGGCCAGCAGACGUAGAGAAGAAGAUUUCUACUUUGAACGCAAAUGUGAUUGUUCAACCUGUGUGGGAUUUUACUGACGUGGCACAGGAUCAAAACAUGGUGAAAGCUGCCCUGAUGCCACGAUUUUCAGCUGAGACGGUAGACAACCGUGAUCCUCAAAAAGUCAUGGACAAGAUGCCGGACACUGUAGAGAAUCAAUGGAAAACAUCAGAAUGGAAACCAGACGUUGACAACUCACAUUGCAGAUUGAGGCAUUACGUCCUGCAGCCUUUGACGCAGGCACAAAUGAGGCUUCCAGCCGAUGAGCGCCAUGGCCUCAAUCAGACAGCUUUGUCUUCUCCUAAUGAUCCUCUUUUCCAGUCAAAACUUCAGGAAAAUCCCAAUCCCUACAAGUAUUGCGUCCUUCCCAUCGUAGGCUUCCACCAGCUCCUACGGAGGGUCAAAAUGCAAGACGACAAGAUUGCUGAGCAGAACGCGGUGCUGCAGAGCUUCGAGCAGCAAGUAAAUCGCAUGAGAGAGUUUCAGGCUGUCGAGUUCCCCAAGAUGCUUGCGCAGAGACGAGCUAAGCAGGUUGAGCUGGGAAGGCGGACGCUAGAGAUCAUGCGAAAACUUGAGAUGCAACGGCAGCCAACAACUAUGCCCAGCAGGCAAGAAGAAGAAGAGAGACGGUUGUUAGGUCGGCGAGGGCUCCCCAAGAGGACGCUCCUGACUUUCCUCGUUCUUUCAGGGUCUGCGAUGCUUCAGAAGAAACUUCAGCGGCUGGAGGAGCUGAUGGCCGAGCUGCGCAUGCAGGUACUCGAAGAUGGACUCAAGUCUUUGACUGACCUGGGCGAUCAACAGGAUAGGAAGAGAUUGAAGCAACGGGCAAUCCCUUCCAGCGCAUGCGAUGAGCCUGUGAACAUGCUGAAUCAGGGAGCUCUUGAGCGAUUGGACGAGUUUCUGGAGCACAGGCUGAAGGGGAUAAGACAUCUCACGGACAUCGUCGACAAAGACUUGAAGGACACAAACACGAUGCUGGGCUUCCUCGCCCCAUCAAACUGA